CUAUAAAUUUUAUAACAGUGCAACAGUUUUGGACACAUUUUGCGUAACGGUUCGACAAAAAGGUUCUAAAUUCUCUAGUGAAAAUGUUUAAAACCUACACCUGCCGUGUUUUAACGCUUUUGAUCGCGUAUCAAAUCAGCUUUUCACAUGCCAUAGGAGUUAUCGGCGGUGUAAAGACAACUAUUACGGAUCAUCCAUAUGUGGUUUCCCUGCAAUUAGCCGAUGGCACACAUAUUUGUGGUGGCGCUCUAAUCAAGAAGAAUAUUGUCGUGACAGCUGCGCAAUGCUUCUUUUUUCAGGAUCCCACCCAGCUUUACGUACGUCUUGGCACUGGCAAUUAUUCAACUGAUGGUGAACUCAUACCAAUUAGUUCUUAUAUAAUCAAUGAGAAUUUCGAUUUCACCACCAUGGACAGUGAUGUGGCGGUAUUGAAGUUGGUGAAAAAUGUAGCGAAAUCAUCAACAAAGCGUGAGAUUAAAGUGGCUGGAGAAAAACCGAAGACGGACAGAAGUGGCGUGGUUACUGGUUGGAGUCAACGUCGACAAUUGGAAGAUGUGACAGUGCGCAUUAUUAAUGCAAAGAAAUGCCGAUCUGGUGAAUAUAUUUACAAUGAAGACGAUAUAAUGGAUACCAUGUUUUGCGCUCAGGCGUACAAUAGGUAUGUCUGCGGUGGCGAACCGGGCAGUCCUUUAGUGUAUAAGAAGAAAUUGAUCGGUUUGGUGUCCUGGGCUUAUGGUUGUGGCAAUGUAGGCAAUCCAGCCGUAUAUACAAAUGUAAAUAAUCUACGAAAAUGGAUCAAAAAGGCGAUAAAAAAGCUAUAGGAUGGGAUUUUUCUUGAAUAAAGUGGAUUUAAAAAAUUUAUAAAACAAAAAAAAUAUUAUAGAGCGAUAUUCAUAUAUGUAUAUAUGAAUAAAAAAUAAUCAAAAUAAUAACUAAACUAAAAAAUU